CACCGAACGCGACAUUUCUGUCGCUGUAGCGCCAGUCGUCAGCAGCAGGUAGCUUGUUCAAGUCGUCAUUAGUCGCCACCUGUCCGGAUCGAAAGUAGGUCAGUCGCCGGAGGGCGUGGUCUCAAGUUGUUGUGGACGGUGGAUUGAAGAUGGCGGAGCCGGUGCUCAAACUAUCGCUACUUAUUAAUUGAAAACAUGGAAAAAGAGACGUCUCUCGUUUCGUAGCAUUCGCCAGAGCCGCUCACACUGGUGAAUUUAACUUCCUGCUCCAGCAGCGUCACCGGGAUACGGCCGCUUCGUGCGGUACUUCAGGCGGAACCGCCGCGAGUUGGACGACCUGUUGGUCCGGAUCAGUGGCCGAAUACAGGACACCAAGUGCCGCGGUCUGUCCUCUGGCGAACGUCUGACUUCGAUCUUCGGUAACAGGAUACUCAUCACCAACUGCUUCUGUGUUGGUGUGACGGUCUACUUCCAGGAGCUGACCAGAGGACCACGGCCACCGACCACAUAUGUUUUUGUUGAAGAUGAGGCUUCUCCUUUUUGGAAAAAAACAGUUAUCAGUGCAACACAAUUGCUCAUUCAAGAGUCAGCCACCUAUUUUAACAAAGCAUAUGUUCUUGCAUAUAUAUUUCAUCUCUGCAAUAAAACAAAGCUGUGUUCAACUCAAUUUGUUGAUAUUUUGCAAAGUGCUUUUGAUUUUAUUUUUUUCUGUGAAUCCAUUUUUCACAAAAAGAAAUGUUCAUUGUCAAACACUUUAUUUGCAAAAAUAAAGUAACCCCAUUCAUUUAUACUCAUUCAAUACACACAGAAUCACAGUCAAACUUGAAGUGAACUACGUAGGUGUGUUUUGAAGGAUCUUCCUCAGAGGGACGAGGGUCAAGAGAGGCGGAGGAAGUGGGGCGGCAUCCGGUUCUUUAAUGAAACUGUGGCUACAAAGAAAAUAAAUGAAGGGUCCAAAUGGUUUCAGUCAGCUGUUGUUUUGCUUGGUAAAGUAACAUGUACAUUUUAAAUUUAUGUGGAACCUGGAAGGAACGAGGACCUUGAAAACUGUCCCUUCUUCUGAGCUGGGUUUGUGGAGGGAGUACAUGAGUAGAUGUUUGAGCUCAGCUUCAGCAUCGGGGGAUCCCUUCCUCUGUAGGUCUCUUCCAUCGGUGUCCUGCACAUAAUGAAAGUUGAGUCCAAUUACAUGCCAUAGUGAUGAGUACGAAUAAAUAAAAUCUGUAUAGGACAGCAAUAGUUAACCUAAAGCAAGUCAUGUCACUAUGACAGUGCUUGAAUGAUGUAGAACAAUAACAUUUAAUUAAAAAAAUAGAAUAAUGCUAGAAAAUGCUAUUUCUACAUACAUACAUACAGGCAGGAGGAAGGUCCAUCCUCCUCCUCAUCAUCAUCACCAACAUCAUGAGUGGAUCCAUCCUCCUCCUCUCCUUAAUGACAGCAUAGCAUGAUUACAUUAUUGUACAAGCUAUACAGAAAAAAGCUAUACAGAAAGCUACAUACAUUUUUAUGUUUAUAUAUUAAUCUAGUAUUCAGAAUGUCCCCACUAAAUGAACGUGCAAACCUACCUACUACCUUGCUGCUGCAGCUGCUGCUGCAUCUCCAGUCAUGUUGGCCGAGGUCUCUCUUGGAGAUGAAGGGCUCCAGAAGAGAGAGGACGGUGAAGAACGCUCACUUCACGGCACUACAGUAGAUGCUGCUGACCACUCCGCUCCUCGGUCACCGUCCUCCCCUCAUAUAAACAGACCCUUCAGGACGUCUCAUCUGAAUUCCCGCCCGUCACCAGGGCGCCAUGUUUGUUGACUCUCACCAAAGCCUGUAUUCGCGGAGAGGAGCCAAACGUAGCGCGAUGACGUAGACAAAAUAAACGUCCACUCAUUUAACUCCAUAAAUUAAAGACAAAUGUUGACUUAUCGACGAUGUUACCCUCAAUACCAUCUUUCAAGGAACACGCCACACAGCCUGACAGAUUUACCAACGCUAUCUUCAAGUACCAUUCAACAUGGGCGAUAAUGACUCAAUAUAAAAGGAGUACGAAAGAAAAAUCUGAAUUUAAAAUUAAUAAUUUUAAAUAAAAAAAACAAUGUAUUAUCCACAGUGAACCUAAUUUAAAAUAUCAUUGUAGGAAAUAUAAAUUCGUUCGUAUAAUCUCCUCUUUACAGAGACGUUACAAUUCUGCAACUUCCGUUUCCGAUAUUUUUAAGAAUAAAAACGCGAUCAUGUUGGUGAUACAAUUAUAUUGUUUUGACGAAACACAGUCUGGAAGAAAAACUGUGACUGUAUAAAGCAAUGACUCUUGUGGAUCAAUGAAAUAAUUUUGAGUACGGAUAAUAUUCCAGCAAUGACGGAGAACAUGCUUUUCAGCGGUUUUCUUUACAAAUGAGAAUUCUCGCUCUGCCAGUAUCUAUCACACAUUCUGGGGGAAAAGGGACUUGAAAAGCAGGUUGGUGGAUGAAACCAACGGCAAAAACCAAUUUUUCCUGUUCUAACAGUCUUGUUUGAAGUAGAACCUUGCAUCUGAAAACAGUUUUUAAUUUGAGAAAAUAGAUCAGAAACAAUAAGUGGAAGCCUUUUGGUCAGUGAGUCACAACUGGAGGGUUGGUAUUUUCAUUUGUUGAAGCGGUUUCCAUAAUAUAUUAACCGGUCAUUUUUAAUGCAUGCAUGCAUAAUGCACGUGUAUGGAACACAGAAUAACAAAAAAUGUCAAACGAAUAAGGGGACAUAUUUUUGUGUCUCGUUUUUUAAAAAAUCUAUUUUAUUUUAGAGGCUAGAUGGAGAUGGUUUGGACAUGUACAGAUGCGAGAGAGCCAGUACAUUGGUAGGAAGAUGUUGAGGUUGGAACUACCAGGCAGAAGGUGGAGAGGAAGGCCAAAGAGGAGAUUGAUGGUGGUGAAGGAGGACAUGAGGUUUGUAGGUUUGAGGGAAGAGUGACGACUCCUGAAGGGAGAAGCCGAAAGAAAAAGAAGAAUAUUAAUAUAUUUUUGCCGAAUAUUUACUAUAUACAUAGUAUUUUUUUCUUUCAAAACUAAAAUUGAACAACCAAAUAAAACAUGAACUGGAUUUUCCAGGCAGUUCUGCCAUUUCCAUUGAAGACAAAUGUAUAAUUUGGUUAUAAAUGGUACCUACUGUGAUUGGUCCUCCAUUUUUUGGGGGGAGGGUGGGGCUACGUCAGCAGCAGGUUAUAUAGCCAACAGCACAGAACAUACACUUUCACCGUGUCAACAUGCUUUCUCCAGUUAGCACUGUGAAGCUUUCUAAUGGACUGGAAAUGCCUGUGCUGGGAAUAGGCACCUCUCAGGUCGGGGGGUUCAGCCAGGAGACCGUCCUGUACGCACUGCGCGACUGUGGCGUGCGUUUACUCGACACGUCCAAGUACAACGGCUUUGAGGUGCAGCUGGCGGAGGUCAUCCGAGAAAGCGGAGUCCCGCGCGGCGACCUGUGGCUGACCAAUAAACUCUGGCCUGAGGACUACGGAUAUGAAAGCGCCAAGAAGGCGUUCAAGAACUCCUGCACCAACAUGGGAGUGGAGUACCUUGAUAUCUACAUGCUGCACUGGCCGGACGCCAUGAAGCCGGGGUCCAACAACAGACAAGUGAGAGCAGAGUCCUGGAGAGCUUUAGAGGAGCUUUACAAUGAAGGUUUAUGUCGCAGUAUCGGAGUGAGCAAUUUCACCAUUCGCCACUUGGAGCAGCUGAAGGAGGACUGCACCGUGGUGCCUCACGUGAACCAGGUGGAGUACCAUCCGUACCAGCAGCCCACCGAGUUGAUGGAGUACUGUCGUCGGAAUGCCAUCGCAUUCCAGGGCUACUGUCCCUUGGCUAAAGGUCAGGCCUUAAGUGACCCCACCAUUAUCCAGCUGGCUGAGAAGUACCAGUGCUCACCUGCUCAGAUCUGCAUCCGCUGGUCACUGCAGAAUGGAGCAAUCACUAUUCCAAAAUCAACGAAAAAGGAGCGGGCGCAGGAGAACAGUGAGGUUUUUGGAUUUCAGCUGACUGAAGACGACAUGGAGAAGAUGAACCAGCUGCACGACGGGCGACACGUGAGCUGGGAUCCAACCAAUGUUGAAUGAAGUCGCAGAAUGAAACCUGUUUUGAGACAUUAAAG